UCAAGACUUACGCGAAGAUAGCCCACGUGCCUUAAGAGCACGUUAGCAGUUAUUAUUAGUCUUAGUACCCAUACAACUUUAUGUGGUCUGUGCAUGCAACGAAAGACGGCAAAAUUGUAGAAAUAGCGUUAUUUAUACAUUCAGUAUUAAAAUAUUUAUGUAUGACAAUAGAGCACAUUACCCUGCAAUUAUUUCCUCGUUAUGCGUGAUGAUGAUCCUUGUAUAAAGCGCGCUGUGCGCGAGCGCUGGUCGCACCAGUACGAUGGAUUCUCGCAAGUGGUUGGCAGUGUUUGCGGCGCUUGCGCUUACCGCCAGCGCCCAUGCGCGACCCGGCAACGAUAUAGCAGACUCUCCCAAACAACAAUCGAAUGAAGUUAUCAGCAGCAAGGACGUGCACGUAAAACCCGAUGAGAGUCAAGAUAUUAAAAGUACAUUGGCAACAGCCAAUACUGAGACAACAGUUGUUGCUGCGACUACUUCUACAGAAAAAGUGGAAGAAACGAAAAAUGCAGAGGUGACGAAACCGGUGAACGAACAGUUUCCACAUGCUGUUCUCUUCGGAGGCACUUGUGGUGGGUCUAUCAUCAGCGCUAAAUGGAUUCUAACGGCUGCGCAUUGCACAAUAUUCUCGAGUGGGCGCUACGUGCUGGCGGGGACUAACAAGUCGGAUGAUGAUACCGGUUUCGAGCGGCGCGUCAAGCGGAUUAUCCUUCACCCUAAGUUCUCUGUGGGCCCUUACUGGCUUGAUGCGGACCAUUUCGACAUUAAACAGGUAGCAGCUGACUGGGACUUUUUGUUAGCUGAACUGGAGGAACCAUUGCCGCUAGACGGCAAAAAGAUAGCCGCAGUGGACAUUAAUGACCAGUCAGAGGUGCCAGAGGGUCUAGCCGUCGGCUACGCUGGCUAUGGCGCUGAACACCAUGGCGACUACAUGCGCCACGAUAUGCACGGCAUGGACCUAGAGGUGCAGGCGGACAGCGCGUGUCAGGAGGCUUUAGUGCAGUAUGAGCCUAAAACCAUGCUCUGCACUAAGGGCCGAGCGCCAAGAUACGAUUCAGCUUGCAAUGGCGACAGCGGCAGUGGUCUCGUAGCGAAUGGCAAACUCUAUGGCGUGGCGUCGUGGGUGCAAGACGACGCGCACCGAUGUUUCAACGGCGCGCUCGUGGUCUUCUCGCGUGUUUCCGCCGUACGCGACUGGAUCCGGCAGGUUACCAAGAUAUAAACAAUAGUACGAAGAUACGACGAGCGACCAUUAUUCCUCACGUCUCACUGCAAAUCAUCUCUUUGGACGCAGCUAUUGGACAAUGGGUCAAACAUUGUUUCUUCAUACUUUGUCACAAAACCAACUGUUCAUCGCUUAGGACUACUACAGGAAACAUUUCCACUAUGACCAAGUUAAAAGUUGUGAAAAUACGUUCUAAUUAAUGCCCUUAUUGUUCUUGCGCAUCCGUUCAUAUCAAGGAAUUGAGACCACUAUUCUGUGUAUUCCGUCGACUAUAUAUCGCAACCCUCAUUGAAGAAUGGCAUAAGCGGAGUUACGUCAAAAACGUUUAGUGUGGGUUAUUUUUUCUGUAUCUAAUGGAGCAAUAAACAUGUUUGACGUAACUCUACUUACGCCAUUCUUCCAUGAGGGGUGCAAUAUGUAUAUAUCCAAGUAUAACAACAGCCUAGACAGUCCGGUCGGUCACGAUACUUAAAAUUGUCAAAACAUAUUAUAUAUUAUUUUAAUACGUUUUCAUGUGACAGUACAUAACGAAUUUCGAACACAUUUCUUUUAAUAACAGUACAUAACUGCGGCAAGUUAGUUAACUCCUUAACAAUCAAUUACGCUAAGAUGUGCAUUUCCCUAUACAUAAUUUUUAAUUAGCAGCAUAAUUAUUGUAUAUAACCUGU